UAGUCGCUAGAAAGCGCACUUUGUGUUCCGGGUCAGUCUCUGAUCAAGAACGAACGGGAUGGCGACUCACAUGUCGAAGUGUAGGACCUGGAGUCGGUUUCAGAGGUUUGGGAUUGCAGCUUACAGAAAAUACAGCAGUGGUGGCGGAUACCCUAACAUUUCUCUCUCUACACCACUUCCUGGCAUCCCAAAAGCACGGUUUGCAUCUGUGGAUGGCCAGGAGAAAUAUGAAACCAAAAUUACAACUUUGGAAAAUGGCCUCAAAGUUGCCUCUCAAAACAAAUUUGGUCAAUUCUGCACAGUUGGAAUUUUAAUAAAUUCUGGAUCCAGACAUGAAGCGAAAUACCCAAGUGGAAUAGCACACUUUUUAGAGAAACUUGCCUUUUCUUCUACAGCACAGUAYGGGAGUAAAGAUGAAAUCCUUCUCACACUGGAAAAACAUGGGGGCAUUUGUGACUGCCAAACAUCAAGAGACACCACCAUGUAUGCAGUGUCUGCUGAAGUGAAAGGUCUGGACACUGUGGUCAGUCUACUCUCUGACGCCAUCCUUCAGCCUCGCUUGUUGGAUGAAGAGAUCGAGAUGAUCAGAACGGCCGUGCGCUUUGAGUUAGAAGACCUGAACAUGAGGCCGGAUCCGGAGCCGUUACUCACCGAAAUGAUCCACUCGGCUGCCUAUCGAGGAAACACAGUCGGACUGCCUCGCUAUUGUCCCGCGGAAAACGUGGACAAGCUCGACAAGAGCGUGCUCCACAGCUACCUGCAAAACUACUACCGGCCCGAGCGCAUGGUGCUGGCAGGCGUGGGCAUCGAGCACGAGCAGCUGGUCGACUGUGCACGGAAGUAUCUGCUGGAGGUCAAGCCGGUGUGGGGCAAGAGUUCGGCCGCUAACGUGGACCUUUCUGUGGCCCAGUACACCGGUGGCAUAGUGAAGAUGGAGAAGGACAUGUCUAAUGUGAGCCUCGGCCCCACACCAAUCCCAGAACUCACCCACAUCAUGAUCGGCUUGGAAAGCUGCUCCUUCCUGGAGGACGACUUCAUUACUUUCGCCGUGCUGAACAUGAUGAUGGGUGGAGGAGGCUCCUUCUCUGCAGGAGGACCUGGGAAAGGCAUGUUCACCCGCCUGUACCUGAACGUGCUCAACAGGCAUCACUGGAUGUACAACGCCACCUCCUACCAUCACAGCUACGAGGACAGCGGCCUGCUGUGUAUCCACGCCAGUGCUGACCCCAGACAGGUGCGGGAGAUGGUGGAAAUUAUCACCAGGGAGUUCAUUCUGAUGGGUGGAAGUGCAGGAGAGUUGGAGCUGGAGAGAGCGAAGACUCAGCUAAAGUCUAUGCUGAUGAUGAAUCUCGAGUCGCGGCCUGUUAUCUUUGAGGAUGUUGGACGACAAGUUCUCUCCACCGGGAAGAGAAAGCUGCCUCAUGAGCUCUGUGAUCUAAUUAGCAGCGUGACAGCCGAUGACAUUAAAAGAGUGACCGCCAAGAUGCUGCGCAGUAAACCUGCGGUGGCGGCUCUGGGGGACCUGACGGAGCUGCCCUCGUACGAACACAUUCAGGCCGCUCUGUCGAGCAAAGACGGACGCCUGCCACGCAUUUACCGCCUCUUCCAGUAGAUAUCCGGCAUCACUGUAAAUAAACUGGACUGAAUGCUUAUGCUAGUGUUCCCUCCCUCCUGACACAGAACUCAGUCUGGCAGGGGACUAAUACCUGGUUUCUGACAGGAAAAGAAGGUGAGAUUUUAAAUAAACUAAUUCUGCUUCACAGUAAUCUUAAUCUGAAAGAAGCUAGAAAUUUUCUAUUUAUUAUCUAUCAGAGCCAGCUUGGUAUGCCCUAAAAUACAAAAAAAAAAUUUACAUUAUUUUCCCUUUAAAACUCCCAAAACUGGCCUGUUUUUGAAUGAAUGUUACUCUGAAUCUUUGCAAUGAGUAAAGUUAAAAAAAAAAACAUUUCACAUUUUAAUGCCACUUCAGCUGUCUGAAGUAUUUGUACAAGAACAUUUUAUAAAGUACCUUCAAAUAAAUAAGGGUUGUGAUGCACAGCUAAAGGUACUCAGUAAAUUUUUUUGAAUAGUGAUGACUUCAUGGUUUGCUCAAAAUCUGAAAUUGUAUCAAUAUCCUGUAAAUGGGCUUUAAAUGUGAUAUUUGUUUUAUUCUGCCAAAUGUGAAAUAGGCAAAGCACAGAUUUGGUUUGAAAAACAUGAGAUUGUCACUCAAUGUUUAAGCCUCUAAACAUAACUGAGAAUAUAUAAAUCAGUUAAAGCUGACAUAUUAACGGAGAACAUGUCUGUUUAUAUUGUACAACAAAAUUUUAAAAUGGCAACUUUGAAAUGUCUUUCCUGUGCCGGACUGUUUCUUUGGGGAUUUCUUCACAUUGACAAGCACCCAGUUGUGUUUUUAUACGUUGAAUUUUUAUUAAUUAAAUGUUUUAGUUUUUGUUCGAAUUAAACCAAAAUCUUAUGUAGCUGUGGCUGAA